GGCGGCGGGAGCGGGGCCGCGGCGGGAGGGUGCCUCAACGGCAGCAGCGCCCGGGACCCCCAAGCCCGGGUCCCCUGAGCCCCACCCCGGUGAGGCCCCUGCAGAGGGGUGGGGCCUCCCAGGUUUUUGGGCACUGCCCCAGCGCCCCCUGCCCAUCACAGGUGUGGUGAGGACCAACCUGGUGGGGGCAGCGGCCACGGCAUCCUUGGGUCAUCACCACGGCGGGCAGAAGGAGAACAAGGUAUCAGUGGCAGUGACAGCCACGAUGUCCCUGAGGGGCCACCCCGGUGAGGAGGAGCAGGUGGCAGUGGCCAUGAUGUCCCCGGGUGCCCAGCACGGUGGGGACAAGGACGAGGCAGUGGCACUGGCGGCGGUGGCAGCCACAGCGUCCCCAGGGGGUCACCCUGGUGAGGAGGAGGAGGUGACCAUUGCAGCAACGUCUCCACGGUGUCACCCCAGUGAGGAGCAGGAGGAGGAAGAGGUGGCGGUGACGGCGGCAGUGACGUCCCUGAGGUGUCACCCCAGUGAGGAGCAGGAAGAGGUGACAGCAGCAGAGGCCACACUGGCCCCAGACAGGCGGCACAGCAGAGAUGAGGACAUGGAGGCAGUGGCAGUAGUGACGUCCCCAGAGUGUCACCCCAGUGAGGAGCAGGAAGAGAUGACAGCAGCAGUGACGUCCUCGGAGUGUCCCCCUGUUGGAGCUGAAGAGGAGGUGACAGCGGGGGUGACAUCGUUGGGGCGUCACCCCAGUGAGGAGGAGGAGGUGACAGCAGCAGUGACAUCCCCAGGGUGUUCCCCUGCUGGGGAGGAGGAGGAGGAGGAAACACAGGCCAUGACGUCCCCAGGGUGUGUCCCCGUUGGGGAUGAGGAAGAGGAGGUGACAGCAGCAGUGACAGCGGCAGCGGCCACAUCAGCCCUGGGCGGGCGGCGUGGGGCGGACGAGGACGUGGCGGCCGCGGGCUGGCGGGCGCGGCGCAAACACGUGUUCGUGCUCAGCGAGGCCGGGAAGCCCAUCUACUCCCGGCAUGGCAAUGAGGAGGCUCUGGCAGCCACCAUGGGCGUCAUGAUGGCCCUCGUGUCCUUCAUCCAGAGCGGCGGCAACGCCAUCCGCGCCAUCUGCUCUGGUACGGCACGGGGGGACACGGGGAGGGCAGGACAUGGGACCCCCCAAACUCACACAGACCCACCCAGGGUACCCCUGAAACAACCCCACACAGUGGCCGUGCUGGCGGCCCACGGGCGCCUGGUGACGGCGGCGCGGCAGCGGGCGCUGGCCGAGGGCGGGCGGCUCUGUGCCAGCGACCUGCACCUGCUCCUCAACCUGCUGGGCGGCGGGGCGGGUGCGGGCGAGGUGUGGACCCCCGUGUGCCUGCCCCGCUUCAACCCCGACGGCUACUUCUACGCGUACGCGGCGCGGCUGGGCGAGGAGGAGGAGGAGGGCGUGACGCUGAUCCUGCUGUCCACGGAGCGCGAGGGCUUCUACGCGGCGGCCGCGUGCCGGCGGCAGCUGGAGGACACGCUGCGGGCGCAGGGCUGGCUGGCGGAGCUCGGCGCGGCCGUGCAGGGGGGCGCGGGGUACGGCCCCUCCCGCGCCGGCGCCCCCGAGCUCCGGCACUUCCUCUACAAGCCCUUGGAGGGGCCCGAGGAGAUGCAGCAGCUGCCGCAGUUCACCAGCCCCGAGCUGGAGGAGCCCUACACCAGCGAGGAGGAGCAGCACCGGCUCUUCGACCUGUACCACUACCUGCACAGCCGCGUGCACAGCCCCCAGCGGCCCCUGCGCCUGCUCUACCACGUGGCCGAGAAGGAAACGCUCCUGGCCUGGGUGACCAGCAAAUUCGAGCUGUACAGCUGCUUCAGCCCACUGGUGACGAAGGCCGGAGCCAUCGCGGUGCUGACCAAGCUGCUGCGCUGGCUCAAGAAGGAGGAGGACUGGCUGUUCAUCCGCUACCCGGCGCCGUUCAGCGCCGCGCCCGCGCGCCCCGAGGGGGCCGAGCCUGAGGGCUGACAAUAAACACUGAGACCACA